AUUGGUAGAGGAUGAUAAAGAAUCCAAAUAAAGCUGAAACAGAUAUAAUUUUAAAAGCCCAAAAAUUUACAAAACUAAAUUUAGUACAUGUUGUUCUUAAGUUUGCCAGCCAUAUCUGAAUCCAAAACCAAUAUCACAUAUUUUAUGUAAAAAAAAAUCCCUCUUUAAUACAAUGUUAUGGGCUUUGGUUAUGGUGCAUAUAGUUGUUACAGAGUAAAUAAUUAAAGAGUAAAUAAUUAUCAUUGGCUACAGCAUGUUUGCAAAUCAAACAUAAAGAGUUCAAAUUGGAUCCACAUGACAUGGGAGAGACUGUGAAAUACAGUCAAAGUAAACAGUUACUUGCAGGAAACCCAACUUCCUCUUUAUGCUUGUGUCAGUGCUCUGACAGGAAUGUUAAAGCUUAGAACGUAAUUCUUUUUUUCUGAACAGCGGACACUUGGUCUCUGAACAUACACACAUGCAGCUAAGGGUGUUGUCUCUGUUUGCGUGGCAUCUUUUCAUCUUUGUGGUUACUGGGCAUUACAUCUCUGACCUCAAUGAGCAAUGGAAAAAAUGGAAAGACAAGUAUCAGAAGUUCUAUGGCAAUAAGGUAGAGGAUUUACACCGGAGAAUGGUGUGGGAAAAAAAUUUGAGACUGGUGCAUAAACAUAAUGAAGAAACCUCUGCCGGACAACACUCUUUUGCCAUGGGCGUAAACCACUUGACUGAUAUGACCGCUGAGGAAGUUAACAUUUUGUUGAAUGGCCUGAAACAAGAGGACCUAAACCAUGACAAAUGGAUAUCAAACCCUUUGAUGGACAUGCCACUGCCAAUGAGUGUGGACUGGAGGGAGAGAGGCAUGGUCAGUCCGGUCCAAAAUCAGGGAAUGUGUGGAUCCUGCUGGGCAUUCAGUUCCAUAGGUGCGCUUGAAGGACAGAUGAAGAGAAGAAAUGGAAGCCUUGUUCCUCUCAGCCCCCAGAACCUGGUGGACUGUAGCACCAGGUUUGGCAACCAUGGCUGCAAGGGGGGCUACCUCUCCAAGUCCUACUUAUAUGUCAUCAGCAACAGAGGCAUUGAUUCUGAAAGCUUUUAUCCUUAUGAGCACAAGGAUGGACAAUGCCGCUACUCCACACAGGGAAAAGCUGGUUUCUGCUUUGGCUUUCACAUCCUGCCUCAGGGCAUGGAGGGAGCCCUGCAGGUGGCUGUAGCCACUGUCGGACCUGUGGCCGUGGGCAUCAAUGCCAUGCUACCGUCUUUCCACCAUUAUAGAGGAGGUUUAUAUGAUGAUCCAGCAUGUAGCCCCAAAAUGACCAAUCAUGCGGUUUUAGUGGUGGGUUAUGGCAACGACAAGGGGCAAGACUUCUGGCUUGUGAAGAACAGCUGGGGAACUGGAUGGGGAGAAGAAGGGUUCAUCCGAAUUGGCAGAAACAAGGGGAACCUUUGUGGCAUCAGCAACUUUGCUAUUUACCCUACUAUGUGAGAACAGACCAGCUCUCCUUGCCUGUCAUUGUGUCAACUUGUCAGAUAGGCCUACAUGUCUUUAGUCCAAAGCUUCAAACGAACAACCAUUUUGAAAUGUGUGUGUAGUUGUGUGUUUGUGGCCAUACUUGCGAAAGGUAUUCUAUGUUUAUUAAUCUCAAUCAUGUUUUUAUUUUUCUAAUUUGUAUUCUUUGUGUACAAUAAUAACUAAUUGUUGUUGUGUACAAUAAUAACUAAUUGUUGUCAAGAUUCUUAAAAUCUUAAAUAAAAAGUACAUUUGCAAAAAAGGUUUGUUACUUUGAUUAUCUUUUAAAUUUUCACCAGACAUUUAGACCCAAAUCAGAGAGCAUUCAAUUAAUCAUUUUGCAAUUAUAAAAAUGUUGCUGGCCAAAUAGUGUUGUGUGCACUCGUUCUGGAGUGCACCAAA